AUGUCAAACCGGACGACCCCUAAAGACGCCAAGAGCCCGGUGGGCCUGGACCUGAACGACAUGGAAAUGAUCUUCGGUACUCCGACCUCCCCAAAAAAUGGAAAACCAGAAGUCCACAUUAAUAUCACAAAUGAAAAGAACCCGGGAAAGGAAUCGUCGCAGACUAACAACAACAGGCCCGUCGACAAUGGGGCCGACGCGCCGCCCUCCACGCAGCCGCUGCUGGAGCCCCACAAGGACAAGCCCAUCCCCCCUCUAGCUGGCCCUGAAGUAGAUGACCUGGACAUGGACGAGCGGCCCGAGACUGCUGAUACCUUCCACGGCAUCGACGACGGCCUGCUGGAGCCCAUCGACAAGACUCCAGAGAUUUUCGGCAAUGGCGACGUGGACAAAAAAGAGCUAGAUCCGGACGACCCGCACGCGACGUCAGAAGACGGCGUGGGCGCAUCCGACGGUAAAUGGGAGUGGCCCCCCGACGAGACCGACUACCCCUAUGACAUCGGCAACAGAUUCGGCGCAGACGACCGGCCUAUUUCACCCAUACCCGGCUCGAUCCCAGACGUAAACACGUACCAGCAGAAGAAGAACCUGGCGCAAGGCAUGAUGGACCUGGCGCUGCUGUCGGCCAACGCCAACCAGCUGCGCUACGUCAUCGAGUCCUCCUCCGCGGGCCAUCCAUACUACUACCUCAGCGUCGUCUUCAUCUCGCUCAGCAUCAUCCUUCAGGUGGCAGUGGGCGUCGGGCUGAUAAUGAACAGCCGGUACAACGUGAAGGACGAGAAGGACAUCUGCAAGGCGGACAAGAUCAACAACAUGACGGUGCUCGGGAUCUUCCUCAUCACCAUCGUCAACGUCUUCAUCGCCUCCUUCAGCGUCGGGCCCGUCAGCACCAAUCCCGCGCCCAUCGCUAUUCAGCAGGCCGGCUGAUAGCUCACAAACUCCUAAAAAAUAGUUCAGGAUACCCUAAUGCCCGUUUUCACUAUUAAGUAAUCCGUAAUUUUUAAGUGACCCCUUUGAAAACAAAAUGCCUGUUAGGUGUUAUCAUAGGGGUCACUUAAAAAUAGGGAUUGAUGGUGGCUUAAAGUUGACAACACAACCUUGUUCAAAUAGUAAAGAAGACGUGUCUUUAGGCUACUUUUGACGCUGCUGUACAGUCCAACUGUUCAACAAUCUUCUCAUUAGGGAUUUUAUCAUUAAAACACCUAUGUACUAAUACUGAUAUUGAACAGUCUUAACCAAAGGCAUGGUGCUGCAGAAAAUAGUGCAAUUUAUAAUGUUUCGGAUCUCAUUUUAUACUAUUAGGCCCGUUUUAAAAUACUUUCUCAGUUUCUCGAUAGUAUUUUUACUAUUUGGAAAAUACUAUAUUUACGGUAAAAUAGUUUUUUAAAUUCUACAAGUUGACAAAAAGAAAGACUCACUGUCAAAAAUUUUCUGGGAUCAUUGCAGUAGGUAUGUGAACCCAAACCUCGAGUAUUUGUUCAAGUCCCGAACUCACCGUUUGGUUCGCAUUCUUAGGAUUCUCCACUUCCUACAGUAGAUACAAUUUUAGAAUCCAGCCCUUAAUCUCAAAGGAGGAUUAAUUAAACAUUAAUGACAAAAAUAAUUUACUGGCAGAUGUACCUAUUGCCAGAAAGUAGUACAUUAAAUGAUAGCAUUUUUUAAUAGGUCUGACUAAUAUUGAUCUGAUUUUAAGAAUGUCAAGGUAGUGUACAUUUUUAUAUUGACUUAUUACCUAUAAGUUAAACAGCUCAAUCUUAUCUCCACUUUAUGAUGGUGGUAAAUUAAGUUUAGAGAGUCGAAUGUUUGCAACUAGUCAAUAAGCGCACGUAAUGCACGGAUAGGUUAGCUUUUGAAAUAGAGAUUAUUUAAAAAUGCCUAAUAAAAACUAAAAUCUAGACUAAACAUUAGACUAAGGCAUCGAGCGUUUACCAGUUUUACAAAAUACCUACCUAUAUUCUUUUUUCACACUUGUUUUCUUUUGUUCUUCACUUUUUUACUUUUGUCAAUUGUUGCAAAGAGUGCCACAGUGUAUUUGCUAGUGCAUUGGGAGAUCUGCUAUUUUCUGUAAACGCACAUUGUUCGUGCCUGCAAUCGCUUUUUCGCGUCUCGCACACACUAUGUAUACGGAUACUUGUAAACCUACUACUAGUUGUAUGUAGCGCUAUUGCAUUUAUUUAACUAAGUACCUAAUGUAAUUUUUGUAAGUUACCACAUGUAAUUACUUUUAUUAUCUAUUAUUACUAAGUUAUGUAUUAUUAUGUUAUUACUAAUAUGAGAUUGUAAGUUCUAAAUUGAGAAAUACUUUAGUGUUCAAAAUAUGUGCCUUGUUUUAUAUCGUGAAAGUUUAUGUAAAUUAAUAUUAUUGAGUCGUGUAUAUUUUAUGGAAAUUUAUUUGUCAAAGACAAAAUAACUAUAAAUAUUUAUUUCGAAUGUAAGGGAUAAAGUAGACUCGUGAUCGAGAAGUGUUAUUUUGCUGUUGAAAUAAAACCCAUAAAUUUUCAGAAUCCAAAUGUAUUGAAUACAAAACAAAUCUAAUAAAUUGUCAGGUGGCAAUUUCAAAAUAUUCUAUUUUAAUAAUAGUUAAUAGUAAGAGGAAACUUGUCCCGCGGCGUCGCCGGCGGCAUACCCUAUAUAUUACAAAUAAUAUAACCUGCGCGCAACUGGGCUCCGUAGCAAAUAAACUAACCUACGUUACAUUACUUCGGCGCGCGCGGCGGCGGCUGCGGCCUCUAGAUCCACUAAUGCCAGUGUUACACAGCGGGAAGUAUUCACGUGUUACACGCUGAACAUGCUACAUUCAUCGGUGUCACCAAUAUGUAACAAUGUUACUCAUAAGAUACCUAUUUUGAACUGUGUAUUUUCUCACUGCAUACUUUCAUAUCGAUAUGACACUAUAGUAACAUUUUCAGAUAAGUAUAACCAAAAAUGAAUAUUUCCCGUUGUUGUCGCUAUUACUCUUGUGUGACGCGAUGAGAACCUUCCCGAACCGCCUCCGCACAACUCCGCCGAUUUCACAAUUUUAAAUACUAAAUCAAUUUCUAUUUCAUAUUAAAUAUUUUCAUACAAACGCAUCGCCUUAAGAUUACGGCAUCCGAUCGUAGCAUCCGUACCGAGUCACGUGAAGCCAUACUUUAUUAUACAUUUGUGACUAUUACAAUAUUCAUGAUCGGAAAGAAUCAGUGAGAUCCGGGGCUCGUCUCGCUCGCAGCUCCAGUGCGUGUAAACCGUCCCAAAAUAAAUAUCGGAAAUAUGAUUUAAAAUAUAAUUAAAAAUCUAUACAGAUAUAGGAACAAAAUAUUGAUGGAAAAAGUAAAAAUAGCGUCCCAUGAACAGCCGAAGUUGAGGCUGACUCGAGGCGGUCGCGGCCACCGGCCCUCGCGGGGGCGUCAACUGAAUCAGUAAAUCAAUUUGGGAAGAUGCAAAUGUAAUAGCAAAAAGUUUAAGAUUCAAAUUACCGACAAGUCGACCGAUUCUCCCCGUUCGAAAACGCGACUAAUCCUAUGACUCGAGUAUAGCUACGCCUGUAUACGAUUAAUUAAUAUGACACUCGUUCGACAGCCCUAAGUACGGUGUACGCUACAUUACAGUCGGCAGGGGAUGCAGCGACAGUAAAUGUUGACAUGUUUUUGCGCUCGACUUUACAAGCAACGCGAUCCACGCGAACGAACGUGAUGAUUGAAGCGUACUGUAUUUUGGGGCUAAUAUUAAAUUACGAUUGCGACGGGAUAGAAUUUGUGUUUGUAUCUGUACUAAUAUUAUCACGUUACGCGCCGAGUGAAUCGCUUCAGUGAGGGUAUACAUGACUACACAUCUUUUACAGUGUUACCUAGUUGUUACAUAGCAGGAAAUUUAUUUGUCACAAACAGAUUGUUUACACCUCCAAAGUUAAAAUGUUUCGCGGGAAUGUUGGCGAUACUGAAAGAAUAUUUCUGAAAAUUUGGAACAGUUCCGUGCGAUUGCAAUGUUUAAAACUUUGGAGAAUGUUUAAUAUUGUUUGUUGAGUUUUACCCCAUGUAACAACUAUUCGGAUCAUGGUGUGUGAAUACUGUCGGUUAAACUGUGCUUUUGAGAUAAAGAUAUUUAAAAUUUAAGGAAUAUAUUAGAGGAUAAGAGGCAGUUAGAGGAAAAUAUAAAAAAUAAA